AUGGCAGAUAAUGAGAAUGCGACGCGCGCACCGGAGAGUGAUGCGCAAGAACAACCUGCUGCUGAUCCAGCGGUAGAGCAAAGUGUGUUCCCAGGAGACACCAGAGCGCAAGAAGGACCGACAAUGGGUGACCAUUGUACAACGGACCGCCCAGCACCCACUGGCGAGAAACCAUCCGGCGAAAUCUCUAAAGUUGGCGGCAUAGACUGCUACAUCACCAAACCGACCGACUACCCACACUCACCGUCGAAGCUCCUGCUCCUGCUGACUGGCGGAACGGGAUACCAGUCCACGAACAACCAGCUGCAAGCGGACAAAUAUGCUUCAGAAGGCUAUCUCGUUGUCAUGCCCGACCAAUUCGACAACGACCCGGCACCGAACUCGGUCGAUAUGGCAGAAGUCAAACAAGACACGUCAUGGCUAGAAAGCAUAAAGCUGAAGACUGCCGAGGGAAUCAAGAGCUUCAUGAUUGACAUGUGGCUUGCGAGGCAUACGCCUGAGAAGGUACUGCCAUUGCUGCACAAAGUAGUCGAGGGCGCGAAGGAAGAAUUCGCCGACGCGGUUGCGAAUGGAGGUGGCAUCUACGGCGUCGGAUACUGCUUUGGAGCCAAGUACAUUCUGAUCCUGGCCGGAGAGAACUCAGAUCCUUUCACGACUCCAGGACAAUCGAAUGACGAGGAGACAGGUCCUGUUAAGAAGGAGCCGGUCCUCAAGGCUGGGGCUAUCGCGCAUGGAACAAUGGUCACAUUGGAGGACCUCGAAGGCGUCAAAGCGCCUGUAUACAUCGCAGCUGUAAAGGACGACCCGUUGUUCUCCGAAGAAGAGGUUCUGACGCCUGGGCGACGGACGAUGGAGAAGAACAAGGUCGAGCACGAGGUUCAAGUCUUCCCAGACGUACCACAUGGCUUUGCAGUGCUGGGAGACUAUGAUGACCCCAAGAUCAAGCAGUCACAAACACAGGCGUUUGGGCAGAUGUUGGGCUGGAUCCAAGGUCAUUGA